GACAAAUAAGAACAUCUCCCCGCGCAGCGUGGUACAGUCAUCUACCUUAUCGAUCUAAUAUAUUCCCUGCCCCCUUGCGGCCUCGCCGGACUCCGGUCAAAACAAAUACGGGGCCGUUCGCCGUCGCUGCUCCGAGCCAAACAAUUGCAUUGGAUUGUCUGCACUAACCCCCUCGAUCCGUUCCUUCAGCUCCCCCCCUCCGUCGAAUAAGUUCCGAAAGAGCCUCUUGAAAUCAAUCCCCCCUCGUGUUCAAAUCAUUUUCAAACCCGCAGGGGUUAUAUACUUCGACUGCCUGGUCAGUAACCAACCCAUCAUCAUGAUCGCUGCCGACACUUCCUACGCCAACGGCGCCGUGCUCCCCCAGGGCGAUUCGCCCGAGCUCGUGUUGGUCCCCGCCACCCCGAGCGAGCGCAUCGAGUCCAUCCGGCUGAACAGCAAGGCGUGGAGUGGCCCUCUCGACCUCCAGACGUACAUCGAACGAGAGAACCAUCUGCAUCAGCAGCGGUUAACCAAGGGCUGCUUCACCUGCUGGAUCCUGGUCGAUCGCAGAGAGCCCGAGGAGUACAGGACCAUCCUGGGCUCCUGCGAAACGUACAAGAAGAAGGCCAUGCUGGCCCACGGCGGUCAGGUCGAGGACGUCUCCACCCACGGCGUGGGAAGUGUGUAUUGCCGGCCCGAAUUCAGAGGCAAGGGCUAUGCCAAGCGAAUGCUCGAAGAGCUGAGCAAGAAGAUUGAUGCCUGGAAGAUGGAGACCGAGACCAGGAAGUGCUCCCUCUUCACCAUUCUGUUUUCUGAUAUCGGCAAGGAGUUCUAUGCCCAGUUCGGAUGGAAGCCGUACACGUCGUCCCACUUUGCGCUACCGCCGAUCCGCGAUGAAGCCUAUGCUUCUGCCACAACCAAAGCCAACCUGCCAAAGACACGAACCUUGUCCGCGAAUGAUGUCCAGGAUAGCAUGUGCAGCGAGACAGUCCUGCAGAAGGAGCGUGACCUCCUGGCGACGGCCUCCGAGAAAUCACCCGGUCCUAAGAUAGCGAUUGCGCCGAACUUCGAACACUUCGAGUGGCAUUGGGCGAGGGAGGAGUUCUAUGCCGAAAGGAUCUUCUCUGAUCGCGAGUUACCCGUGGCAAAGGGCGCCGGGGAGGAUAACACCGGCGUGUACUGUGCGUGGAACAGAAACUUCGGCGAAACCCCAGAGGAAAACACCUUGUACAUCCUGCGGUGGGUGUACGACGAGCCGACCUCGCCCGAGCAGUCCGAGGCGAUCGUGAAAGCCAUGGCGGCGGUGCUGCGACGCGCCCAACUCGAGGCGCAUCGGUGGAACAUGGCCAAGGUCGAGUUCUGGAACCCGACGCCCUUGCUGGAGAAGGCGGUUGCGCUGUUGGACCCAAUGGCGGAGGUCGUCCACCGGGAGAAGGACAGCAUUGCGUGUCUGCGGUGGAUCGGGGCCGAGCAUGGGCUGGGCGAGGAGGUGGAAUGGUACUUGAACGAGAAGUACGCCUGGUGCUAGGCAGGGGAUGCGGUACAUAUCCAUAUCAUCUAGAAUUAGAGGCUCAACGCUUCUGUCGCUUCUGGUUUUUGAACAGUUCAUGCCAGUUCCGUGUCUUCUUCGCCGCCGUAGAGGCGCUUGCAUCCGUGGAGAGAUUCUUCUUGAGCUUUUGCCGAUCCACCUCAUUGACGAAGCAAAUGGUCGUCGGGUCUGGAAACCUGUACUUAUCCUCCUGUUUUUGUCAGAAUCAACCAGCCCAUCAGUACAUGGCAUA